CUUGGAGUCCAGCAGCGUCUGCUCCAGUGUGACGGUGUAUUUCCGAGCGGCGAGCAGCUCCUCAGCCUGACAGAUGCAGCAGCAGACCGACGACAUGGAGGGGUCCAUGGAGUCCCCGAAUCUGGAGUUUGAAUAUGGAGACACGGACAACUUCACUGCAGAGCUCUCAGAGCUGUACAGCUACACAGAGGAACCAGAGUUUAGUCUAAACAGGGAUUACUUUGAGGAAGACUUCAAGAAUCAUGUGAAGGGUCGGAGGUGGAUGGAGUUGAGUAUGGAGGAGCAGAGGGCGUAUGUCAUGAGACUGCUGGACGCUCUGGAGGUCACCGAUCGAGACAAGAGGCUCAAAGUGGCCCGAGCCAUUCUCUAUUUGGCACAAGGUGUGUUUGAUGAGUGUGACACAGAAACUGAUGUCCUCUACUGGUCCAGACACAACGUCUUCCUCCUCUACGACAUGGGCAUCUUCACGGCUCUGCUGGAGCUCCUCAGCAUGGAGAUAGAUAAUAACCAGGCGUGCAGCAGCGCAGUGAGAAAACCAGCCAUUUCUCUGGCUGACAGCACUGAACUCAGGGUUCUUCUGAGCAUCAUGUAUCUGAUGGUCGAGACCAUUCGAGUGGAAAUGGAGGGUGACAGUCCUGAGAGGAAGGCAGCCAGAGAGGCCUUUAAAACAGAGUUGGGUGAGAGAGACUGUGAGAGAACGUUGGCCGGACAACAUCGUGGACCAAUCACAGCAGGUUUCACAGUUUUUCUCCUUCCUGUCUCACUCUGUCUCUGUAAGUUUUCUGUAACUCUUUCUCCUCAUCUCUCCCUCUUUUCUCUCUGGGUUUUCGUUGUCCUGUUGGCUCAUUCCCAUCUCUUCCUUGUGUCCCUACAGAGUGCCUUUGUUGAUAGCUUGGAAGGAGACAGUCCAUAUGCCAAGAAACAGCCACUGGUCAAACAGGACAGUCUGGACACUUACAACGAACGAGACCCUUUCAAAAACGAUGAUGUGCGGGAUGAGGAAGAUGACCCAGAGGACAUGGACAGUGGCAUUGAGGGAGAGGUCGACCCUCUCGACAGAGACGUUAUUAUCCAACCGCCGCUGCCGCCACCACUACUGCGGCCACCAACCGAGAGACUGUCCUUCCCCAAGGGACUGCCAUGGGCUCCCAAAGUCAGAGAGAAAGACAUCGAGCACUUUCUGGAGACCAGCAGAAAUAAAUUUAUCGGAUUCACCUUGGGAAAUGACACUGACACUUUGGUUGGGUUACCCAGGCCCAUACAUGAGAGUGUGAAGACUUUGAAACAGCACAAGUAUGUCUCCGUAGCGGAGGUCCAGAUCAAGAGAGAGGAGGAGCUGCAGCAGUGUCCCAUGACUAUGGGGGAGGAGGAGGUGGAGGAAAUACCUGCAGAGAUUCUAUAUUUGGGAAUGUUGCCUAGUCUCUCUCAGUAUGUAAUUGCUCUAUUGAAGCUCCUCCUGGCUGCAGCUCCAACCUCCAAAGCAAAGACAGACUCUAUCAACAUCCUAGCUGACGUUCUGCCGGAGGAGAUGCCAAUCACCGUCCUGCAGAGCAUGAAGCUGGGCAUUGAUGUGAACAGACACAAGGAGAUUAUCGUCAAAGCGAUUGCAGCUGUCCUGCUACUGCUGCUCAAACACUUCAAACUCAACCACAUAUUCCAGUUUGAAUAUGUGGCUCAGCACCUGGUGUUUGCCAAUUGCAUCCCGCUCAUCCUCAAAUUCUUCAACCAGAACAUCAUGUCUUACAUCAGUGCCAAAAACAGCAUUUGUGCCCUGGAUUUCCCUCAUUGUGUGGUUCAUGAAAUGCCUGAACUCACAGCUGAAAGCCUGGAAGCUGGUGACAGUAAUCAGUUUUGCUGGCGUAAUCUGUUCUCCUGCAUCAACCUACUGAGGAUCCUAAACAAAAUUACCAAGUGGAAACACUCAAGAACUAUGAUGCUUGUGGUGUUCAAGUCUGCUCCUAUCCUCAAGAGGGCGCUCAAGGUUAAACAGGCCAUGAUGCAGCUCUACGUCCUCAAACUUCUCAAGAUACAGACCAAGUAUCUGGGCCGCCAAUGGAGAAAGAGUAACAUGAAAACCAUGUCUGCCAUCUACCAGAAAGUCAGACAUCGGCUCAAUGACGACUGGGCGUAUGGCAAUGGUAAAUAUCGGGCGGGGGGGGCGGGGUUUAGUCAGGGUUGGGGGCAGAGCCUGUGA